AAAAAUUUAAUUCUGAUGAAGGAAUUAGGAAACUGGCAAAUAAAAUAAGUCCCACAUUUUCAUUAUUGUUGCAUGCGCAACUGAAAAAUUUUAAAAAACAUGCCAAGGGUCGCAGGUGGACUACUGAAGACAAAAUUAUAGCCCUCAGACUAUAUAAGAGGUCCCCGACCUGCUAUAGACUAUUAAGAAGAAUGUUUUGUCUUCCUGCACCUACAACUUUAAAAGUUUUAUUAAGUAAAUGUUCAAUGAAUGUUGGCAUAAACCAACAAUUAUUUGAAAUUAUUAACAAAUACAUUUCUAAACAAGAACCUGAAGUGAAUGAGUUUGUUCUCAUGUUUGAUGAAAUGUCAAUAAAAAAGCAUCUUUAUUACUAUGUUAAACAUGAUGAAAUUGAAGGCUUUCAAGACCAUGGGGUGCAAGGCAGAUCCUCGCAACUAGCUACACAUGCAUUAGUAUUCAUGAUUGCAGGCAUUAGAAGAAAAAUUAAACAACCAAUUGCCUAUUAUUUAUCUAGCUCCACAGUUAGUGCUGAUAGAUUAACAGUUUUGAUAAAAGAGGUUAUUGGACAAUGUCAAGAGCAUAAUAUUAAUAUCUCUGCUACUGUGUGUGAUAUGGAUGGCGUAAACAGAAAAGCCCUAUCAAUCUUGGGGGCUACUGCAAAUUGCCCUUGUUUUAAAUUAAAUGACAAGGAAAUUGUUGCACUAUUUGAUACCCCUCAUUUAAUUAAGUGCUUCAGAAAUUUAUUUUUGAAGUAUGAUAUUAAAUGUAACACAGAUAUAACAUCCGAUCAAGGAGAACAGGGAACAGGUAUAGCAAAGUGGAGUCAUAUUGUCCAGUUUUAUGAACUAGACAACUCUAAUACUAAUUUUGUGUUCGCGCCCUGUAUUAAAAAAGAACACUUGAAUCCAAAUGCAAAACAAAAAAUGCAAGUAAAAUUGGCAGUACAAAUUUUAAGUCAUACAGUAGCGGCAGGAAUGUAUGCCAAAAUAUCUCAAGGAUUGACUCCAGAAGCUGUCGUGACGGCUAACGUAAUCGCAAAAAUGGACAAGCUCUUCGAUACAUUAAAUAGCGACACGGCAGAUUUGCGGAGAGGAAAGCCUUUAGCAACAAAUACGAAAUGUUCUACGACACACAUUACCUUCAUUAAUGAAAUGAAAUUAUUUUUUAAAAACAUAUCAUUUAUUGGGUCUUCACGAAAACCACCUUCACAGGAAGGUUGGGUGUGGACUCUUAAUGGAGUUGAAAGAUUAUGGAAUGUAUUACGACAGAAACACAAUACUAUAAAAAGUUUGGCCACUAGAAGAUUACAACAAGAUCCACUUGAAAAUUUAUUUGGAUGUAUUAGAGGAAAUUGUGGUAGUAAUCACAAUCCAACUAGUGGCCAAUUUAAAGCAGGCUUAAAAACUGCUAUUUUAAGUAAUCUUUCCCAGAUGGGUGGAGGUAACUGUGAAAUGGACCAAAAUGAGACCAUAAUUAAUAAUUUUAAAUCUUUUUUGAAGCCUUGUGUACGAAACACUCAACAGAUUGCCGACACUGCGGCUGAUCCAAUAUCUUCUAACCAAUCGGCGUUUAAUGAUAUUGAUGAAAACAUUUUAGAAGAAUGUAGUGGCGAAAUACAAGCUUGCACUUAUGUGUGUGGGUUCAUUAUUAAAAAAUUCAAACAUGAGUGCAAUGCUUGCAAAUUAAUUUUUACCACCACAGAGCAGUCAAUAAUGCACACCUUUAAUACAUUUAAAGAAUACAAUGAUUUAAAGCAAGUAUUAAAUUAUGCAAAUAAAAACUUUGUAAUGUGUGUGGAAAACUGUGCAACGAUAGUGAAUACUUAUUUAAAAAUAAAUGCACAUAAAAAAGGAUUAAUGAAAAAUAUAAUAACUGUAAUAAAGGAAAAAAUAAAUUUUGAUUUUUUAAAUGAAUGUAUGGAGCACAAAAACACAAAUUAUAUUAUCAAAAUUGAGGCAGUCUACAGGCAAAUGCAUAUGGAAUGCACAUCGAGACGUGCUGUCAUGGCGUGGCUCGUAUUUUCCCAUAAAAGCAUCAAUGUUGCCUUAUAA